AUGUUUGCUGUACAAAUAAGCGAUGAUUUAGGUGAAUCACAGCCAUCAGCUCAACUAAUUUUCCCAAAAUCAGCUUUAGUGUACACACUGAACGAAACGUUGAAUGAUUCUGUUGCAUUGGCAUAUUUUAUUCAGUUUAUGGAAGGAAUUGGUCAGCUUAAUUUAAUCAAAUUUUGGCUGCAUGCUGAAAGUUUUCGAUGUUCGGCACUUACAGUGAAAAAGAACGAUGGAGCCUUGGUCGCAAUGAUCAAAAAUGAUGCACUUCGUAUUUAUUCGAAAUAUAUCAGUGAAGAUGCAUCCUGUUCAAUCAACAUUACUGACCAUUUGCGGAAAAUAGUAUUGGAACGAAUAAAUGUUAAAAAUGGAUCUUUCGAUCCUUGUUGCUUUUCUAAAGCACAAGGCUUCGUUUUGAAUGUCAUGGAAAGUCGGUACUUCAGAGAGUUUGAAAGUAGUGUAUAUUACGCUAAGCAUCGUAUAGAGGUUAUCAGCAGUGGAGCACUUACGAUAAAAGAUAUUAUGCUAUGCCAGCCACUUCUCUGCGCAUUUGUUGAGUACAUGGAAAAUGAAAGCGAUGGGAAGUUAGUAGAAUUUAUUAUUUCUGCUGAAAGUUUUGCUAAACAAUUGCCAUUAACACAGAGCGAUGAACAAGCAGUGGAAGAUGCUAUGAUUAUCUAUAAUAAAUAUUUUUCAAUGCAAGCAACAGAACCGUUGAAGUUUGAUUCGAAAACUCGAAUUCAGAUCGAAAGCGACAUUUGUUUAGGAAAUGGAAGACCUGCUUCGAGCUGUUUCGAAGCAGCACGACUUAUGGCUUUACGCAUUCUGGAACAAAAUUAUCUGAAACGCUUCUCUGCAUCGCCAGCAUUUGUAAAAUAUCUGCAGAAACUGAUGGUUCAGGUGGAAAACUGUGUCGAAUUGCCAAAUCCAAAUAUAAGAAAGCAAACACUUGUGACUGAUUCGGAUCAGUCCUCAGAUACAAGUUUACCGUUAUCAUUGUUUGAUAGAGCGGCAUAUCGUAAUUUGACUCCGUCACUUUCUCCUACAUUAUUAUCACUGAACAGAGAUGAAUACGAAACAACCUCUCAGCCAGAUAGUUCAAAUUUCUGUGGCAUGAAUAUUUCUCGUUCUGGGCGGUCAAAGGCGAGCAUAUCGUUAGCUACAGUUGAUGAUAUGGGUCGAUAUCGUCCAAUGUAUGAUAACAGUUACAGUAUAUCCGAAAAUAAGGGAAAUACUCGACGAAGGCUCAAAAACAAAUUAGAUAAAUAUCUACAUUAUUCUAUGAAAAAGGAAGCAGAGGUAGCAGACCAAGUAGCACAACUUAUUGUUGCUGAUGUGCACAAUAUGGUUUCUGCAGGCAAUUCAUUAAGGUUUUCUGAUUUUUGA